CAAUAAAUUUUAGGAUAGAGAUCUAAAUUAGCACAAUUAACUUUUGUCUUACAAAUUUCUAUCCUGUAGGCAUAUACUUCCUUGUCAGUAGUCAUGUUGGAGACAAAUGGGAUUGCUCAUCCAGCUAACCAUGUCUUUAAAUUCAUCUACACUUUUAAAUGAAGGAAAUGCUCAAGGAGCAAAAAGAAAUACUGAGUGUUUGGAAAGCCUACUGCAGAGUCCAUCACCUAUUCAAGAUAAUCCACUUCAACAAUUGCAGUUAGCAUCCCAGGAAGUACUGGAAAGAGCAAAAAAGAGUGGGAGAUCAAAAUGCCCCCGAUGCAAUAGUUCAAGGAUGUUUUAUUGUUAUACAUGCUUUGUUCCUGUCGAAACUGUCCCUACCAAAGAAAUUCCAACUGUGAAGUUACCUUUGAAGAUUGACAUUAUUAAACACCCAAACGAAACGGAUGGCAAAAGCACCGCUGUGCACGCUAAGCUCCUGGCACCUGAUGAUGUUACAAUUUAUAAAUACCCUUGCAUUCCAGAGUAUGAAGAGAAGAGACACGAAAUAGCACUUAUAUUUCCUGGCCCAAAUUCAGUUUCAGUUAAAGAUAUUGCUUUCCAUCUCCAAAAGUACACCAAGAAAAGUGUCUGUCCUAGUGACGAUGACUGUUCCAGAGAGCCCCUUCUUAAACAAGCAAAAAUAGAAUGUGAAGCAGAAAAAAAUCCAAAUGAAUGCAUCUCAAGCAGCAGGAGUGAAGGUGCUAGACUGAAGAAAAUAAUAUUUAUUGACAGUACCUGGAAUCAAACUAACAAGAUAAUAACUGAUGAACGACUUCAAGGGUUACUGCAAAUUGAGUUGAAGACAAGGAAAACUUGCUUUUGGCGUCAUCAGAAGGGAAAACCAGAUACAUACCUUUCCACAAUAGAAGCAAUUUAUUAUUUCCUUGUGGACUAUCAUCAGGAGAUUUUGAAAGAGAGCUACAAAGGACAAUAUGAUAAUCUGCUUUUUUUCUUUUCAUUUAUGUAUACAUUGAUUAAAGAUGCCAAGUGUUGUGCAGGAAAAGAGCCUGACGUGCUCACUGUGAUGAGCACAUUUCCUGAGAUGGGAGUGGAGGACCUGACCCCUCUUGCUGUAAGAAGUGAUCUCUUAACUGUAAGAAGGAAUUAGCAUGCUGGCUUUCCAUUGUGACUAAUACUUCUCUCAGAUGUUUUCUUUGUGGUUUACACAGCAAUACUGAUUUUGCCUUCGUGGCAUCAAAGGCUUACUGAAUGAGCAGAUGGUGUUUAGUUGCUGGGGUGAAUGGCAGCAAUAGAGAAUGAAAGAGCACAUUAAUUGAAUAUGAAUUAUAUACUUUCAUGAUUAAUUCUGGAAAUUUCUUCUAGUAAUAAAAAAGUGGUCUC